AUGUCGUCCGCCUCUGCAGAGCUGGAGAACUAUCUCCAGUCCAUGCUAGCGCUCAAACCGCCUGGGGUGUCCGGCUCCAAGAUCAACAGCAUCACCUCGCUAUGCACUGCAAACGUCCAGAACGAAUCCGUCCUCAUCCAAAAGAUCUACACACACUUCAAGAAGGCCCCCGGCACCCACAAGUUGGGCGUACUCUAUGUCGUAGACUCUGUAACGCGACAAUGGGUAGAUGCUGCGCGCAAGGCCGGCCAGCCUGCUGGAAGUGCCGCGCCCGAUGGGACAUUUGCCGCGGGCGUCAACCGAGUGACGGAGCUACUGCCCGUCUUGAUGACCGAUAUCAUUAAUAACGCCCCCGAAGAUCAAAAGCUGGCCUCGUUCAAGGAGAAACUGAACGCCCCUCGGCCCAACAUUCAAUCCACCACUCCCGAUGGAUCCCCGGCUCCGGGUUUCAACCCCCUGGCUGGUCUUCAGCAGCCGGCACAGCAGUCAGCCAAUGGCGCGACCAAUACGUCAAGCAUCCUCAAAGCCUUGGCUGACAUGGCGAAGCAGAACACCGCCGCCCCGGCAGCCCCUGCUGCGCCACUGCCCACUAACCCUCUGGCCGCCUUGACCGGAGCUGCUCCUCAACCUGUGUCCUCUGCCGAUUCUGCUGCCGGGGCCAAUCCCUAUGCCGGUGGUGCGAUGGCGAAUCCACUUGCUGCUCUGAGUGGCCUGGCGCAGAAUCCUGCCAUGGCCCAACCGCAGAGCCAAAGCCAGACUCCGAACCCUCUGGCGGGGUUGCUCCCGCAGGCCGCUGCUGCUCCCGCGCAGCCUGCGCAGCCUGCGCCUGGUGCGACAGACCCUAAUGCGCUGGGCCAACAGCUUCAGCUCAUUCAGAUGCUUGCCGCGCAAGGUAUCCCACAAGACCAAUGGGGUACCGCGUUGCAGCUUCUCAGCUUUUCCAACCCCGCCGCCAUGGGUGGCAUGAAUGCUGGUCAAAUGCCGCCGGCAUUCAAUGCGAUGGCCGGACAAGGUGUCGGCGGCUGGGGACGUCCAGACUCCCAGAACCGCGAUCGUGAGAGAGAUCGUGACUAUCCUCGCUCGCCUCCUGGUGGGUACCGCCGUCGUUCCCGUUCUCCCGGCUGGGACAGACGCCGCACUGUGUCCCCUCCUCGCCGCCGCGACAGCCCUGUCUAUGGAGAUUACCAUGACGAUUCACCCGGACGCCGCGGAGGAGACGCCCGUGGUGGCCGCCGUGGUGGCAAUGACUAUCGACAGCGCAGCCCACCUGGCCGCAGGCGCCGCUCACCCUCUCCCAACCGCCGAGACCCUAACCUGCCGCCUCCAGGACCCAAGUUCCUCGAAUGGGACUACUCGAUUGGCCAGGGCAAUAUCAAGGUCCUGAGUCGGACUUUGUUCGUGGGAGGUGUUACUGCGCCGGAGGCCCACUUGCGCUCGCUGUUUGGCAAAUUCGGACUUGUCCAGACCUGCAUCGUGAACAUCGACAAGCGCCACGCUUUCAUCAAGAUGAUCAGCCGCAAUGACGCAAUUAGUGCCCGCGACGGAAUGGAGUCGUACCGAUCUGGUGAUAUGCAAUUGAGGACUCGAUGGGGUGUUGGAUUCGGUCCCCGCGACUGCAGCGACUACCAGACCGGCGUCAGCAUCAUUCCGAUCGAGCGCCUGACCGAAGCAGACCGCAAGUGGAUGCUGACUGCCGAGUACGGUGGCACGGGCGGACGGCAAAUCGAGUCCGGGAUGGUUGUCGAGGAGCCGGACAUUGAAAUCGGCGCCGGCGUGUCUUCCAAGGCUAUCAGCCGCCGCAUUGCAACGGACACUGGCGGCAAACGCGGCCCGAUCUCUACGCGCACGCAGCCUGACCGCUUCGGCGGUGGCCCCCCGGCCGGUGGGCCUCCUGGCCGCCGCGCUGAUCGUGAUGGCUACCCUGGCGGACCCGGUGAUCGUGACGCACCGAACAUGAACAACCCGGCCGUCGCCCCCGCAGUGCCGGCUUACGGCUUUAACUUCGCCAACAUGCCCAUGCUUCCGCCUGGCUUUAUGAUGGGCGGUGCCCAGGCCGGUUCGAUGCCGACCUCGCAGCCUCCGCCCCCUGGCCAAAGCCAGUAA